UGCGUCUGCCCUAAGGACAACAACCGGGACAGCGGGGUGCUGAUCAACGUCUUCCCCGGGUACCAGUGCGCGUACCCUACCGGCGCCUGCACCUGGUCCGACACCACCGGGCAGCUCCAGAACACGGAUCAGACCAACUGCCCCGCCGACGCGCCGUGCCCCGCAUCGGGCUGCGUCUGCCCCGCGGACAACAACGGCGACAAGGGCGUGCUCAUCAACAACUUCUCCGGAUACCAGUGCGCGUACCCGAACGGCGCCUGCACCUGGGACUUUGACGGAAACCUGCAGAAUACGAUGCAGACCAACUGCCCCUCGCACGAGGUGUGC